AUGUUGAUCAAAAAACGUUGCAAUAGCCAACUGGGAGGCUUCGCUUUGACGACAGUGGCUUGGAUAAUUUGCUGUAUCUCCAUAGGCUUACCUCAGUGGCGUGUGUGGCACUUCCAGGAUCCUGUGGUCUUUAAGCCUACCACAGCAUUUGUUGGCAUGUGGAGAGUCUGUACUUACCAGCAUAGUGACAACUUUAGCAACAUCAGAGUAUGUCACCGAUACAACUACCAUGAUACCUUCAUUCCUUUGGAUAUCCGAGUGACCCAACAAUUGCUGCUGGUCGCUAGCUUUCUUGGACUGGUUGGGAAAGUCACCACCAUUAUUUCCCUGUGGAAUGUGUGUGGGGCAAGAGUACGAACAAAUGCCACUUACAAUCCAUUUGGUCUAUCUGGAAUUCUGAACAUCAUUGCUAGCAGCUUUCUUUGCCUUGCCGUAUUGUUUAAUUAUGUAUCCAUCAUACUCCAGGAGGGUAUAGUAUUCCCACCAUCAUUCAAUGUGCCUUCCCAGCCAGAUACUCAGGAAAUUGGAAGUGCCAUGGCCUUGGCCAUUAUAGCUGCAGUUUUCUUUCUAUUAAGUGGCACAAUAUUGCUUACUUCAAAUUUUUCUAUAAAAAAGCCAGUACACUCUAAAAAUGAAAAGUAA